GGCAGGGGUGGGGGAGGGCCUGGCUGGGGUGAGGCUUCAGACCGGCGCCUACGCCACCGCAGGCAGCCUCCUGCACUCCGGGGUCACCGUCCUGCCCACCCUCGUGCAGAAUGGCCCGUCGGUCGCCCCUCGUGUGCCUCCUCAUGGUGACAGCCUGCCUCUCCCUCCCCCCCGCCGCCGCCGCCGCCUCCUCCAGGGGUCGGCGGCAGGCAGGGCAGGCCGGAGUCGACUACCCGACCUACUCUGAGGUGCCGCCGGGCCUGUCCUUCACCUGCGGCGACAAGGUGCCGGGCUACUACGCCGACCCCGAGGCGCAGUGCCAGGUGUGGCACUGGUGCGUACCCGGGGGCUCCAAGUACUCCUUCCUGUGCCCCAACCAGACGCUCUUCAACCAGGUGUACAGGGUGUGUGACUGGUGGUUCAACGUGGACUGCGCCGACUCUCCGUCAUCCUACACCAUCAAUGAGGACCUUUACCGCGUGUCUGAGGAUGCGUCCCUCGGUAGAGAGCUCCUGCGAGAAGAGGAGGGAGGGGACAGUGUGGUGGAGGAGUCUCAGGUGGUGGAGGAGGAGGUGGCAGUGGUGACAGAGCAAGAGCUUCUACAGCAACAAGAACAGGAAGAACAGGAACAGCCACAACCAACACAGGAAGAGCAACAGCAGCAACCACAGCCAGAGCCACAACAGCAACAGGAACAGGAGCAACAGCAAGAGGAGAUGACAACCAGCGAUAACCAGGCGUAGGGACAUGUUAGGAAUAGUUUUUUUGUUACUUGUAUACUCAUGUUGCGGUGUUGUUACUCAGCGUUAUGGAGCCGAGCCGUGAGUUUGGCGAAGAAAACAUUUGUUACUCUUCCACCUGUGUCACCAAUCAGCCACGCGAGGACAUGUUAUCCCUGCCGUGCUCUGAUUGGGCGAACAGGAAGCAAUCAUUUCCCCGCUGAAUACAGGACAGGGUUCGGGUGAUAGCACGGGUGGGGGACGUCAUGAAGACUGCACUUAUACCAAAUGAGUCAAGUUGAAUCAAUGAACAGUGAGUCUUGGCCCUAUCUGACGCCUCAUUCAAAGGGACAUUAUCUUGCAUCGACACUUACACAAAUCAUUCACACCAGGGGUUGUCUCAAGUUGACCUGACUUGGCCCAGCUCAACUCUCCUGAAGUGAAUAGUUUGUGGGAUUCCAUACACUACAAUGUCUCUAGAAUGGUACGUCACAUUGACCCAAGAAUUAUUGUGAACUGAAUUGACUGGACUUGUGUGUAAAUACAUGCAAAGAGGCAAGGGCUUUGGGUACUAUGAUUACUGGUUGACGGGAAAAAGUGGUACUAAUGCAACUAUCAUGAUCUAGUGGGGGAUAAAGGGAAAUUCCUACUCUUGUCUCUGCAGUAUACAUUUAAAUGGGGAUGAUGAAGCAAAGUACAAAACAGUAAAAUCAAUAGGGCUGUGUGUGGUCACUGUUAUCAAUACUGUUCACCUGAUUUUCCUCAUUCUGGGGAGUUUGCCUAUCUGUAUGCACCUUUUAAUCACCAUGUUUGUAUAAAGGAAAAAUUACUCAAAAAAAUUAACCUUAAGUAUAAAAUUAAAAUAUUGCCAAAAAAAACUUGAUAAUUAAACUUUGUGACUCACUUUUUUCCAUCCAUAUUUUUCUGAGUGCCUUUUCUUCCUGGCACGAGUAUUAUCUAGAGGUGUGCGUACAUACUGGCAAACAAACCCUGAGUAGAAAAUGACAGGUAAUACAUCGGCAGGUGAGCUCUGAAAAAUAAGAACAGGCUCAGCAAAUAGCAUAAUUAGACUGUGCUCCUGAGAUUUUUUUUUCUCUCGCUGUCAGGAGGAUUGAAACGUGUCGGCGCUUGUAUCUUUUAUUAAGGAACUAUCAACAUUAUCUUUGUAUCCACAUGAAGAAUCUCUCCUGAUGAUGAUAGAAAAAAAAAUAAAAUAAAGCCAAACUAAGAAGCAACUGUACAGUCCACCUAACACAAUCUGUACAAUAAUAAUUAUCUGGGUAUAAAAGGAAAAAAAUUAAGCACCAAUGAGUAGAUUACGAAGAACAUUUUUAUCAUAAGAACGUAACACAGUGCUGAGCAAUCCAACGUGACCACGACAUGCUUCCUCUCCGCUCCACUUGGCUCCCUUGACGGUCCUUCUCGCCACAGUCCUGGGUGAAGAUCUACAUUGCCACGGCAGUAGUAACGGCUUCCUAUGACACAAUUACGGGCCUCUUAACUCUCUGGUAUCGUUAAUUUUUCUCAACACAAUUUAGGAACAUGGUUCACAGAUAUUUCCAAAUCAGCAUGACACUAACAUCAGGUUUCUAUGAAUUUUUAGGAUCAUUUUGUGUUUAGUCCACAAAAUUACUUCAAUGGAUUUCAUUAAAAUUUGUAUUAACUUGGCAGUCACAACAGACUCCUGGAAGGUCUUAGCAUCAUCCUUUAUCGAAGUCUCAAAAGGUCCUAUGGUCUCUGGGCAUCCUUUCCAGUUGUUUUCCUUUAAUAUAACAAACUAAUGUGGUGAAGUCACUACUGAAAAGCUUGGGACUGGUUUCCAUAUCCUCUGAAUAAAUUAGAUCAAACGUCUUCUUAGGUCAUGUCCCUUAGACAAUUUUCAGGCCAAUUUGAAUGUAACAGAAUAGAAUAUUCUAAAAACAUUCACUUUUCACAGAGCCUGUUUUGGUUCUGUCUUGCUCCCCACAAAUGGUAAGCCAAACCUUCUGCAAAUCAGCACUAUUUAUCUUAUUUUUCCUUCAUCAUCAAACACUUAAAGAAAUACUUCACUUACAUAAAUCAUGUCUUGCUUCUGAGGCUAUUUUCUCUUUUACUGUCUAGCAACAUAAAAAAAAAAAAAUCAUACAAAAUGAUGUAUUGAAUGGUUAUGUAAACCUUCUGUCUGGACUUUUUAAGUGUUGCUCAGGAUGGCUGAUGACCCCUCCCUCUGACAUGUCUUGGGGGUCUAAAGAUCUGUACCCAAAUAAUGGAAACUUGGUCAUGAAGAAAUAUAAGCAUUCUCCUUUCUGUAAUUAUUGUUUUUUCAUAAGUAAGCAAAGCGAUAAUCAUCCUCUUUCAUCCUUCUCCACAUCCUCCCUUUUCUCUCAGUUCUCCUCAGCAGGAGCAGUGCCCAGCCCCCAGUGCCUGAGGCCUUGGCAGCAGGGGCACUGGUGGACUGGGUGCUGGUGAUGCGCCAGCAGCACUAACACACUCCUCUCUAUGUAAAAUAAGGAGACGUGAGCAACAAAGUGCAUAAGUGUCUUUUUACAGUACACAAAACACCAUAUAUUAUGUGUAUAAAAUCGUACAUAUCCGAACACUUACAAAAAAAUUCAAAUAUUGAUUGCAAAGUGAUAAAGUGGUUAAAAGAGGCAAUCAUAUAUGUAUGUAUAGAUUUGAAUUUCAAUAAACUCUUUUUUCAAUGUCUCAUUAGCAUUCACUGCUUAUAAGGCUACUUGCAUAGUUUUUCUCUGGCAAAACUCUUCCUCAAAUCAAAUAUGUAAAUGCCUGGUAAAGAUACUCAUUCUCUACAAAGACAAAUACCUCUUUUUCUUUCUCAUACAUGCACUCACACACAAACACACACACAUGGGAGGCAAGGUAUCAUGCAUCGGGUCAAUUCCCAUUGACAAGUUGUGGUAUUCUGCUCCUCUGCCUGCUUGCUGCUAAUGGUCAAGUCUGCCACCACCACCACAAUGCAAACACUUCAGCAGUGAUUGUUGGACUCGUCACCACCACAAGAUAGUAUUGACAGUGACAUCCUACACAGCGCAGUGUUUGCCAGAUGAAAUAAUAUCACAGCAAUCAACAUGACAAUAUGACACUGAAUAUUUACCCUUCUAUGACUGUCUUAAGAGGGACACCACUGAGAAUCUUAAUCAAUGCAGGAAACUUAACAGGAGUAUUGAACUCACUCUGGGUGGCAGGACCAUCACACAACACUAAGUGUGACUGUUGGCAACGUUUCCUACCAGACAGUCAGUAAGUGCAAUGCAACGCAGCAUAACACCCUGCUACUGAGCUGCUGCAGAUGCCAAAUUUAAUGUAAAGCACAACUGGUCCAAAUCAUGAAGACCACUAAUAAGUCUGUCGCAAGUUCGUAACACGUAACGAGUCCAUCAAAAUCAACAAAUGGCAAGUUCAUUUCUUCGGGGCAUAUGUGUUUCAUGAUUAGCUUAAAAGAUCUUAACACGGUAGUAACUGAUGGAUGACUAUUUACACAGUCACCACUAACACACUCACUGCUUACAUGCUACAGAGGACAGGCUUGUACUGGACCAAAGUGUGGCGAAGUGAACACAGUAAUACCAAACACGAGAGUUAAUCUGCCUGCAUCAUUCAACAACACGUAGAAUUUACAAUGAGAUUAAAUACAACAGGAUGUCUUCUCUAUCUAGAUAAUUACUAAUUCUCACAUAUCAACUGACAUCAUAUAUAUAUCUCUUAUCUACAGCCAACAGGACUUGAGUACCACAAAAUGGAAGAUAGAGGCUACAUAUAUAAACAAACCUGAGAUGAUAGUUGCAUUUGACUAGGACCACAACCCUCAGAGCCGGGUAUGUGCUGCUCUCGGCCUGUGUCUCCUCAUCCCCAUGCACACCAAGCCUAUGCAUAGAUACCCAAGCUGUGAGUGAGAUGGAGAACCAACCGUGUCCUGCCAUGCCAUGCCACCCGCUGUCACUGAGCCAUGCCAAACAAUCUAUUCAAACCCUGGAAAUCAAGAGGGUGGCCACUGAUCUUUGGUGAAUUCUGAACAUGUCAUACUAAUAUUUCAAGCUUGAGAGACUCCAUGAUACAUAAAUACACCACUACAGGCAGUACUACGCUAUACGGCUUCCCACGUUGUAUGAUGGAGUGGAAAGCUGAUAACUGAUUUAACUAUGCACUGUACAAAAAUAGUAAAUUUGAGAAGUUUAUGAAAAGCAAAGUCGCAAGAUACAGCAACACUACUAUACUGUAAGACCCAAAAUGAUGCACUCACUCACUCUUAUCCUCUCUCUCUCUCUCUCUCAACUGUACCCUAAAACCAAAAACAGUAAUUGCGUGUGCUCUCUCUCUCUCUCUCUCUCUCUCUCUCUCUCUCUCUCUCUCUCUCUCUUCCCUUUGCCUGUCCUGUACCUCCAAGCUGCUUCAUCUCAACAGACAGACAUGGACAACACACUGAGGCACACUAUUCAUGAUCCUGUAAAGUCCUCACAUUUUGGAUUCUUUGGCAUGUAAAAUCAAUAACCUGAUGUGAUGAGACAUAUUUCCCUCCCCAAAAAAUGCAUCAGUAGUUUGAAUUUAAUCCAGUGACUAAGUUUACCCAAUUAAGGCUAUUAUUUUUUUCAGACACUGUCACAAUAAAGCAGUGUUACUUUUCAAAACAUUAAACUCCCAAGAUAUGAGUCAGCUAAAGCCUUGCUCAUGUCUUACACACUUAUUCAGGCAGACACUGGCGGACGCACACACGCACACACAGACACACACACAUGGAAGGAAGGAGGGGGGCUGACAGGACACCGAGACACUAAGGUCCUGCAUCAAAUGUUUAGAGGAAGAUGAAAGGCCUUGGAGAAAUAAGUAAAACACAUGAACUACGGGGCAACUUUCAAAAUACACAAACUGAAAUGACGAAAGACCUUGGAGAAAUAAGAGUAAAAUACAUGAACUACGGGGCAACUUUCAAAAUACACGAACUGAAAUUACAACAUUGCAAAGAAUGACAAAACACAACUUCCAUUCUAACAAAACACUGAGAGCUGAGAAGACUGUAAGGAGGCAUACGCACAAACACGGUAACCAAAAGAACAGAAAGAACAACAACUUUAAGCAAAACACCAAGAAGAAAAAGAAAACCAAGACAGACUAUUUAAGAGAACAAAAACUCUGAAAACACUAGGAUGAAUGAGUUGAGUAAUUCUUGAGGGCGAAGAAACAUCCUUCAUCAUUUGGCGCUGCAGAAGAGCAAAAAGAAUUGAAAACACAAACUACAACAAGAACAAAAUCUACCAUAACACUUGACAGAAUGAGAUAACUUGGCUAAGAUAGAGUUAGAACAGCACAAUGGGAAUGAAAGCCCUUCAGUGAACCAUCCAAUGAACUGGAGACAGAAUGAAGGAAUGACUGAAAGAUGUACCUUGGCGCUGCACCGACUAGGGUCACACGUGCUGGAGACACAAGAAGACUGACUAGGUUUCUUGGGAGGAUCAGAACAAGGAACAGCAUCACCUACUGGUCACAUUCCCAUAUGGCAUUCAUGAGGGACAAUAAAUUCACCUCUUUUUAUCGAACCUCUGAAAACGCUACACCAGGAUAAACAUCUCUUCUGAUUCCCUCGCCCCCCUCUGACUAACCUUUGCUACCUUGACUUUGGACACUCUACCAUCCUCUUCAGUGUUGAAAAUGAAUGUGAGAUGAUGAAUUUAAUUAAGCUAAGCAAUAAAGACCAUGUUGUGUAAAAUCAUAAGGCUGUAAUAGGGUAAAUUGUAUGAGAGGAGGAGCAAUGUUGUGUUAGUAUUGAGAGGGUUGGGAGUAGACAAGCAGAUUAGAGAUUGGGUGUAAAGUUAUGAAAGUGGGGAUCAUGGUGAAUUCCAGAUGACGCUAAGCAUUCAAACCCUGCCAAGUGUACAGACAUCCACAGCCAAUUCCAGCUAGGAGAAGUUAGGAAACAAUUCAGAUGAAGUGAAGCAAAGUGCCUGGAGCCUUUUAUAAAAUAGACUUAAUAAUUAAAUAAAAAAUAAGUAGUGGUGUUCCAAGUAUACAAAAUAAUGCUAUUCAGAGCUUCUUAGCGAUACUUGUCAUGGUAUUCAUAGUUUAGGAGCUCGCCAUGCUUCUGCUUUCAUACACGGUGAGAGAAACCUUAUGAUACUGAAACAACCAGGAACAUAAACCCUUGUCAAAUAAUGCCCCACACCAGGCUACGGAAAACCCACCUGCCACCCUCCAUACCAAGACGUGCAAAUGAGCAACAUAGCAGAAACAUAAAUCACAUGCAAGAAUGUAAUUUAUCUCUAAAAAAAAAAUGCCGUGGAUGAUUAGUUGUGCCCUUAAUUGCAAAAAACAGGUGCUGGGGAAGUGUUUGAAACCCAGAAUAUGGGGAUCAUGCACACACACACACACACACACACACACACACACACACACACACACAC